AUGUCGUCGCCAUCGAUCAAGAUCAGCUCGCUGCAGGAGAAGACGGUCCUAGAAAGCCACUCGGCGGAGAGCGGCGAGACCGAGGUGCCUGAGGACAAUAGACGGGCACGCAAGUACUGGAAGCAGAUGGCUGAGUCCAAUUGGGUCGAGCUGCGCGGCAUCCAGCGGGUGACGCCGGAAGAACAGCAGCUGCACGGCCGGCCGAACUAUAUGCAGAUGGUGCUGCUGUGGUUCUCGGCCAAUCUGACAGCCAACAACAUUGCGCUCGGCUUCCUUGGCCCCAUCGCCUACGGGCUCUCAUUCACCGACGCGGCGCUCUGCUGCGUAUUCGGCACGAUGCUUGGCUGUGCCGGAACCGGCAUCAUGAGCACCUGGGGUCCCACUUCUGGGCUGCGGACCAUGAUCUUUGCACGCUACACAAUGGGCUGGUGGCCAAGCCGGAUCUGCGUGCUGCUCAACAUUGUCAUCAUGCUGGGCUACGGCAUGAUCGACUCUGUGGUCGGCGGGCAGAUCCUGUCAGCAGUGGCGGACAACAACCUCAGUGUCGUGUGCGGCAUCAUCAUCACGGCCGUGAUCACCUGGGUUGUCACAGUGCUAGGCCUCCCUAUUUUCCACAUUUACGAGCGAUAUGCUUGGGCUCCGCAGCUGGCCGUCGUGUUCAUCCUCGUCGGCGUGGCCGGGGCCAAUUUCGACACGUCCUAUAGCUCAUCGGGCAACCGCGAGACGAUCAAUGCCAACCGGCUCUCGUUCUUGGCGCUGUGCAUGUCGGCCUCGGUGGCGUGGUCUCCGGUCGGCGGCGACUACUAUGUCUACUAUCCGGCCAAGACAUCGAUGGUGCUCACGUUUCUGCUGACGUGGCUGGGUGAGACGCUGUCGACUGCGUUUGUAUACCUCGUCGGCUGUGGCCUGGGCUCCGGCACGUACUCGAAUCCAACGUGGGCGGCCAACUAUGACAUCUCGUCGGGAUCGCUGCUCGUGGGCGCGUUCGAGCCACUGGGCCGGUUUGGCAAGUUCUGCGGUGUCAUCCUGGCGCUCGGCGUGAUCGCCAACAAUGUUCCCGGAACGUACUCUGCGGCUUUGGGGUUCCAGUGCCUGGGCAGCUGGCCGGCACGCGUGCCACGGUUUGCGUGGAACACAUUUGGCGUCAUCAUCUACACCAUUUGCGCGGCUGUGGGGCGCAAUCACCUGUACGACAUCUUUGAGGACUUUUUGGCCCUCAUGGGCUACUGGGUCACCAUCUGGAUCACCCUCACGCUCGAGGACACGCUCCUCUUUCGCCGCGGCUGGACCAACUUUGAGUGGGACGACUGGAACACACAGAGCAAGCUGCCCGUCGGCCUCGCUGCUUUGGCUUCCUUCUGCAUUGGCUGGGUCGGCUCCGUUCUUUGCAUGGAUCAGGUCUACUUUAUCGGGCCGCUGUCGAGAAAGAUCGGUGACUACGGUGCAGACUUGGGCAUAUUUGCCGGUGUAGGGUUUGCCGGAAUUGCCUACCCCAUCCUUCGGGUCCUAGAGUUGCGAGUACUAAAGCGAUGA